AUGUUCCUCUUCUCUCGUAAGACCAAGACUCCCAUCAGCACCUACAGUGACUCCUUCAGGGCUCCAACCUCCAUCAAGGAGGUCUACAAGGACCCACCUCUCUGGGCCUGGGAGGCCAACAAGUUUGUGACUCCGGGUCUAACUCAUGCCACACAGCGCUAUAUGGAUCCUGAUACUCUGCAGAUGAACAAAUGCACUACACACACAUCAGGCCAUCCAUACUGUCCUGAGCAGUACUGGAUCCCUCAAAAUGAAGCACUCAAAUACUGCCCAAGUUACCUGGGCGGUGACCGGUACAACACAUGGAAGAUGGGACCUUACAACAGCUCCUACUUGAACAAGUAUUCUUCCUACCUUCCUCAACUGUCUAAGGACUCUAGGCUGGACCCAGUAGUUCGAGGCAUGCCCUUGGAGUACCCUCCCAAGCCGGAGCGCCUCAAUGCCUACGAACGUGAGGUGGUGAUGAACAUGUUGAACUCGCUGUCCCGGAACCAGCCGCUGCCACAGCUAGCACCGCGGUGCAGAUGCUUGGACCCGAUGUCCGGCCGCCUGCCGUUCCAAGGUUUCAAUAGCCCUUGCCCUGGCCGCCACUACUGCCUGCACGGGUUGGACUGCCUCGCCGCGGAGGCGCCCCUCGCUGACCCUCGCCUGAGUCCGUGCUUGGAGGAGCCGACUGUAAGGUGUGUGUCGCCCUUCGGGCACCGACCCGGAAUGCAAUGUGCUGUUACAACUCCCCUGCCAUCAUUCUACCCAUGUCCAAACCUGAAAUGGGACACAAGUCACUUCAAGAAGACUGGUGGGUCCCAGAGAAACAGCUAUGUUGUUCACCCUGAGUUUGUGUCCGAGAGCUAUCCUCGCUACUGUUUCUGGUAAAGUCUGAGCUUGCUCAGGCAAUAAAUUCUUUAUCCCAAAGGCUGUCUCCCUAUGUCUUUGCCCAGUAAGGUCUAGAAAUGAGGGACCUGUUUCUUAUUUACCCAGCCUAGAACACUCUCACUCCCAUUAUCUCAGUAGUUUGAGUAAUUAUGCCCUUCUGAUGUACAACAGUAAUGAUACAAAAAGACUGCAACACCUGGUUCAAGUCCUUUCUCUCUACAAUCUCAAGAAUGAGUCCAUGGACUCAAAGGA